UCGAAAGGAGCUAGCUGCUCGACAUGCCAUCCUUGUCCUGCGGUCCUAGCACGAGCGGCAUCGUGGGCAAACCAAGACGCUUCGCGGCCAGAAAGCGCCAUGGGUUCCGUCGGCGCGGAAGCAACCGGCGCGCCGAGAUGUCAGCGUCGCAUGACGACGAGGGGCGGACGGAAUGGAGGGUGACGGAUGGGGGGUGCUCCUCGCCGAAAGCCGCGGGCUGUUCACAGCUCGGCGAGCCCGGUCGCCGCAGCCGUCACGCAACGCGCGCGCGCGGGCACGGCGCUGCUGCCGUCGCGGCAAGCGCAUGGGGAUGCAUGCGCGGUCGCUAGCGGCGUGCUGCCGGGCGUGGCCACCCUCGCGGCGGGCGAGGCCGGCUUCCUCGCCGACUGGCCGAUGCCAACGUCGGACGAGCUAGCAGGCUAGCAGCGCUUGCCCUCACACUUCCCCUACUGCAGCAUGCGUCCUAGUUGUACCAUGCCCUGCGCUGUCUUACGUGUAUCAGCAACACGCGUGCGUCCACUUCUAGAACGUACCCGAUCCAUGCAUCAUCUUUUUCUCGGCAUCUGCAGGCUGGAGAGAAGGACAUGAGAAGAAGCGAGAGGGAGGUAGCUCAGUAGCUGGAGAGGAAGGACCGAAGGAGGGAUAAGCUGGCUCUUUAUUGCUUUGGUGGGAUGAGAUCUUGUGCUGAGGCGUCAAUGGGCGAUUCUGUCGCUCGAAGCGACAGCUAACCGCGCCCCCUCCACAAUUCCCUCCCUGAGACUCUUAACCAAAAUCCUCCUCCACUCCACCUCGAGGCGCCGCUUCAACCAUCCAUUCCUCCUCCCUAUUAAUUCGCUCCUCCUGCUACCGCGGAGCAACUCUUUAGCUAUCGAGGCAUUGGUGUUGGUUCUGAUCGGAGAAAGGCACGACAACGGCAAUGGCGAAUCUCGUGUCACUCGGACUCCUCCUCGCCCUCCUCGGCGCGUUGUGCCGCAGCGCCGACGCCACGGCCUUCGAGGUCGGCGGCGACGACGGGUGGGUCGUGCCUCCCGCUAGCGACGGCGGCAUGUACAACCAGUGGGCGUCCAAGAACCGCUUCCUAGUCGGCGACAGCGUCCAUUUCAAGUACAAGGAGGACUCGGUGCUGGUGGUGACGGAGGACGACUACAACAACUGCCGCGCGACGCACCCCAUCUUCUUCUCCAACAACGACGACACGGAGGUGGAGCUGGACCGCCCGGGCCUCUUCUACUUCAUCAGCGGCGCCACGGGCCACUGCGAGCGCGGGCAGCGGAUGGCCGUCAAGGUCCUCGGCCAGGGCGCGCCCCCGCCGUCGCCCCUGGCUCCCCCGGCCCCUCCUACCCCGCCAAGCCCCAGCGCCGCCGCGCCAGGCACCAGCGCGCUCGCCGGCGCCAUCGCCGCCGUGGCGAUGUCGCUGCCGGUCAUCAUGCUCACCGUCUAAAUUUUCAAAGCUGGUUGCGGAUGCAUCCCUCGUUCGUUUGUGAUUGCUAGUACUGGCUCCCAGGUCGCGUUCCAAUUUUCAUUAUGAUUGCGCAUCUUUCCUAGAUGAAAUUAGUACGUUUUUGUGAUCGUGUGGAGCAUUUUGUUUGUGGCUUUAUUCGGGAUCGUGUUGUUGAACUGUAUCAUUUUUUGAGUACAUAAUACAUGAAGAAAUGAACACAUUUUUUUUUUU